AUGAUGGACGUGCAAUCGAUUUCCGAUCACCUGGAAAUCACCCAGCGCAUGAUGCUCUGGCCCGAGAUAGUCGACAGCAUGUCUCUCGACCGGCUGCCCGAGCUGUUCCUGCCCGACCUUGUCUGGGACUUUGGCAGCGGGACCGUUGACCACAGUCUCGCGGCGGUGAGAUCACGGAUCGAAGCGCACUUCGACAAGCCGGGCUCGUACUGCGGCGCCACUCGUCACGACCUCUCCAACCACACAAUCACGUUGGCUGGCAAUGGCGACCAGGCUGAGUCCAAGGUCAACGUCUUCGCAGCGCACGCCGGCAAAGGGCCUUACACCGGACAAGUCCAGCUUACCUGGCUCACGUAUCAGGACAAAUGGAGGCGGGUGGGAGGCAAAUGGUAUAUCGAGCAUAGGACGUAUCGCAUCCAGUUCACCCAUGGGCCUGAUGAUAUCGUAUACAGCACUGGGAGGGAGACUUGGGCGGAAGGCGAUCAUCGUCGUGAAGGGUGA